CCGACUUCCUGUCAGUUGGAAAUAAAUGAAGAAAAACCGCCCUGCUUGCUGGAGCAUUUUGGGACACAAAAAAACUUAAAAUGUGCAAAAAUCCUCGCAACGGUACUUUAGUGGUGGCAAUUUGGCAAACGAUUUCUGUACUCAUCUUAUGGGGAUUAAUAUUUUGGGUGUAUAACCCUUGGAAUGGGGCAUCCUAUGGUCACAACCACGAUCUGGACAUUUUAUUCUUAAUUCUUGGGGUUUCGUCGGUAUUUAUUGCGCUCGUAACAUGCCUGCUUUGGGCAGGAUGGAGAAUGAAACAUCUCGGACUGAUUAAGGCAUGGUUGUACAUAAACUACGUGUUGUUUGCACUUUCACUAAUUUCCUUUUUGCGGGGCGGACUGCAGGGAUUUUUUGGAGUUGCGAUCCAAUUCUUUUGCAUCUUGGCGGUGAAACAGUACGCAAAUUUCUUACAGGGUGAGGAGAACAGGAAUGGGAACGGAGUUGUUCAAGAAGCUUAGUUGCUUGCGGUUAAAUAACAUAGCUUUAGCAUGUAAUUCAUUAAUGAUGUAGAUAUUUAAUCUUUUGUGGAAAUUUUAAAUAAAAUUUUAAUGUUUUUAAUAAUGUUUUUAUAUAAAAAUAAACUGCGGCAACGCUGGGUACACAAGUAGGGCAAAAAUGCUGAG